AUGGCGCCUCGUAGGCGUUGUCCAAUAUGCAGAUCAAAACAAUGGCAUAAGGAACCACUGAGCGGGCUUAUCGCGUGUAGCGAGGGCCAUAUCCUUCAGAAUUAUCGCAAUGAAACUAACGAGGCUGAAGAUAUGGGCACACAUGUAUUGCAGAAAAGAACCUUGAAAUCUGACAGAAAGCAAAAAGGGAAAGAGAGCAGGGCCAAUCCAAAACUGUACCACGGCGCGAGAGGGCGUUAUCUCUAUUUUCAAUGCCAACAGCUCAUUCUCCGGAAACAGGUAGUUGCACUUCUACAACUCCGUAACCUGCCUGUUGAGUUUGAGGCAGUUUGCCGGGACAUAUGGGCAUUGCACCUCAGUCUUUUACCGGAUCCACCGUCGGCCGAACCCUACUUUCAUGGAUCGCAGCAGCAGAAAGGUUCUUCUCCCGAAGCUGCCGGACCGUCAUCUGAGGGCGAAGAAGGGCAGGGAGAUCCUGAAUCGGUUUCUUCUUCGUCAGAAGAAAAUGAGGAUGAUCAGUUUAACGACAGCGCUGGUCAAAGUGACCAGGAAGAUCCUGUUAUCGCAGAGUUGCUACGCCAGAACUCCGAGACCGAAAGCGACGACGAGGAUCGGAACGAUGAUAGAAAACAAGGACAUCAAGUCCUUGCGGGGAGAAAAAAACGUCAUGUUAUUUAUGAGAGACCAGCCAACAAUCUUGCGGUACUCGUGGUCGCUUGUUGGACCCUACGAAUACCUAUCUUGUACCGGGAUUUAUUGAGGUAUAUUGAACUUUAUGAGCUACCAUACCUAGAUCCAAUUAGGUUGCUUCCCGAUUCACUCGUGUCGCAUCUAACGAAACACCGCAUUCGAGCGCUUUCCCCAGCUCAUGCUCCGAAUAUCAUAUCUCUACAUUCUCUUACCUCUCGUCUUUCCCGACUCAUGUUGAGCUGUUUUGGGAUAUCGACACCAGAAGCCAAUGCCGCUCAUAUCUUGUGGCGAGUGGUGCUGAGUCUCGGCGGAACUCCACCGUUAUACUCCCUCACCAAAAAACUAUCAAGUAUACUUUCCUUGCCGCUCACCUUGCACCACUCUCUCGUUCCAGGUCUGAUGAAAGCCAAGACUCGAGAUCCUGAAAGCCAUAAGUUCGACGAUGUGCCCGUCGAAGUGAGCUUUGUGGCGGCUACUAUUGUAGUUCUGAAGUUGGUAUACGGUUUGGACGGAAAUCCCAGAUCGCCUCGAGAUCCCGAUGACCCCGCUUGUAUCUUGCCGAAGGUGGAGGAAUAUCUCGAAGCGGUUAAGAAGCUAAACGAGGACGAUCUGCAGGAAGAAGCGAUAUUCGACUAUGAAAAGGGAAAAUCUGUUGGUGAAAUGAGCGAGGAGGAGAUUGACCGAUAUUUCUCGUUUUGCGAACAUGCAUUGCUUGCACCAAAUGUUGAUCGGGACGGGGAUAAAUUCUUGGCCAGCUACUUUCCGUUGACAUUUGAAGAACGGCAGCAACAGAGCCUGUCGUUGGGGACGGCAGAGAAGAGGGAAGAACGGCAAAGACUGAGUGCGACGCAAAUAGCUUCGGAAGAUGAUACUCGAAUUCGGCCCGGACAGUCAUAUGUGAUUUACCAUGCGCGGGAUAGUCUUGGGAUGAUGAGUGAAGAGAUGGAAAUCGUAACGACCCGUGGCGCGAGAUGGGUAGGAGUAAGCGAGGACCUUCUAUGUGGUGUGGUUGAGAGAUACGAGAGAAGACUCGUACGGUGGUGGAAAAACCGGAACAGCGGGAGGGUUGAAGCGACGUAG